AUGCCAGAAUACACCCACCAUGUCGCCAUCCUAGGCGCAGGAACAAUCGGUCUAUCAAUGGUAGCCCUCCACCUCCGCCGACCCGACACACGAGUAACUAUCUACGACCCACGCCCAGACUUCGACUCCCAACUCCACAGCCAACUUCCCGCCUUCCUAGACCCAACUACUACCGGGGUAGACAGCUCGGAAGACCCAAUAACCCACCUAAUAUCAACAUCCCGACUAGCCAUAGCACCUACCCUCGCCGCCGCCGUCGAAAAAGCAACCAUCAUCCAAGAACAAAGUCCCGAAAAGACGGACUCUAAACAAGCGCUCUGGACCGAGGUCGUUCAGUACGCAGACGCCAAUGCGCAUCUUUGGAGUAGUUCCUCGGGAAUCCUACCCUCGGCUCAGGCGGAGAAGUGCCCGUCUGGUGUUGCGGAGAGGUUACUCGUUGCACACCCGUUUAAUCCACCGCAUAUUAUGCCCCUGGUGGAAAUUGUUCCUAGUCCAGUGACGAGGUCGGAGCGGGUGGAUUUUGUGAAGACUUAUUUUGAGACUACGCCUGGUCCGUCGAGGACUCUGCCCGGUUCUACUUCUGCUGCUGCUGCUGUUUCCUCGGAACUCGAAAGAGAGGAGAUGAAGGGUGACCCGGGCCAAUUCGUGCAACACUAUCGACCUGUUAUUUUGCGCAAGGAGAUCCCCGGGUUCGUGGGGAAUAGACUUGCCUUUGCGCUGUUGCGGGAAGCUUCGUAUCUCGUUGGCGAAGGGGUUGUUUCAGCGCGAGAUUUGGACUCGAUUGUUACUGCUAGUCUGGGGCCGCGAUGGGCUGGGAGUGGUAUUUUUGAGAGUUAUCAUGCUGGUGGUGGGGAGGGUGGGAUUGGGGCGUUUUUGCAGAAGUUGGCGCCGACUGUGCAGGAUGUUUGGGGUCAGUUGGGGCAGGUUGAUAUUCUUACUGAGGCGGAGAGACAGCGGGCUGGCUUCGAUGGGGAUGUUUUGGAGAAGGAGGAGAAGUUGAAAUGGAGGGCGGAGGUGGUUCGUCAGACGGAGGAGGCGUAUGGUCCUUCGACGACGGCUGAAACUCGGGCGAAGAAAGAAGCCAUUCUGCGAAAUGUUCUUGCACUGCAGAAGGAAUGCUAG